AUGAGAGUCGUGCUUUUAUGCGCGGGUUAUGGAACCCGCUUCAUCGCUGAGGCUGAGCAAUCUCCGAAUCAUCGGCAUCUGACACGCAUUCCGAAACCAUUGUUACCCAUUGGGGGCAAGCCCUUAAUCGAUCACUGGUUGGAGACAUUGGCUACAGUUCCCCUUGUGACCAAAAUCAUCAUCGUAGCCAAUAACGUGAACUUUGAGGCAUUCCGCAACAAUCCAGGGAAUGUGGUCUGUUCAAAGGAAGUCAUUGUCGUCAAUGGUGGGUCGAAUAGUAACGAGCAACGGUCAGGAGCCAUCACCUGUAUGAAACUGGGACUUCAAGAGCAACUGGACGAGGCUUGCUUGUUCAUUGCCGGAGACACUUNCCCUUGUGACCAAAAUCAUCAUCGUAGCCAAUAA